AUGUCUACACCCACUCUCCAGUUCUCAAACCUCUGUUUGCCCGACGAUAGCCCUGACCAGAGGAUCGAGGGGGACAUGCGAUUUGACAGGACGACACUGGAGGAGAGAAAGGUUAUCGUGAGAGACAUCAUUGCAUCGUUCGAGCCUCGAGACCUCCCUUCAGAGUUGUUUUCGGACGAAACGUUACAAAGGAUCACGGCCGAACAGGGUAAUCGACGCAGCAGUGAAUGGACGAUUCACGAUGACUUGAAAGCGAGUUUGAUGCAAUGGUGCUGUCACGACCCAGGUGGAUGGACCUUGCUCAGCCGAAUGCAUGGGCCUGCUAUUCGAGCUCUGACAUUUGAGCAGAAGGUAGAAAGGCGGUUUGAAGAACAGUUCGAGGCUUACGAUGCAUUAUUUUCCGCUCCUCCUGGACCGGUCAACCAGGUCCGUGUGCAGGUGCUUGAAAUAUGCGACGGGAUCCGGAUGAUUGUAGACGAGGUCGAGGUCGACAUCAACACCAGAACCGGGAGUCAGUACAACGCCGCGAAAAUCCUGCUCGAUACGUUCAGGAAGGUCUGUGGAAGAUCCACCGACGUCCCAUUCGUCAGACGCAGCGGACGCCUGGAGGGUACAAGCGCCAGCGCAGGCGCGGAAACAGUCCCGACCCUAUACCAGGGACUGAUCGGAAACGUUACCACCCCUUUCAUACUCGAUGCGCUCCAGACGGUUCAAGAGAAAUGGCCUAGAAGCCUUGGGACUGAGGAGGCGCAAACAUUGAUGCGUGGAAUCAAUGAACUACUGGUUGAGAACGGUGCUCCACGCGGCUACCUCAAUCGCUUCCAGGCUUUGAUGCGGGAAUAA